AUGGAACCAACUCAAAAUGAUUUAGAACGACUCAUGAUCUUUGAACAUGCUCGUAUCACCGCAGAAGCUGCAUACGCCAAGAACCCUAACGAUGUCGAUAAUUUGACAAAAUGGGGUGGAGUUCUACUGGAAUUAUCCCAAUUUGGAGACAUCAACGAAUCAAAGAAGAUGAUCAAAGAUGCUGUUUCAAAGCUGGAUGAAGCUCUAUCCAUCAAUCCAGCAAAACAUGAGGCUCUAUGGUGCUUAGGAAACGCUUACACCACUCAAGGAUUUCUAACCCCUGAUCAUGAUGAAGCUCAGAUUCAAUUCGAUCUUGCAGCUGAAUUCUUCCAAAAGGCAGUAGACGAGUGUCCAGGAAACGAACAUUAUCUUCAAUCGUUGGCAAACUCUUCUAAGGCAUCUGAUCUGCACAACGAGAUCCACAAACAAGGAGGAUUUAGUCAAUCUCAACAGUCUUUGGGUGGAGGAUCUACAUCUACUACUACUACUACUACUACAUUUUCAAAUUCAAAGAAAUCCUCAAAGAAGAAGAGCAGUGAUUUAAAGUAUGAUAUAUUUGGGUGGAUAUUCCUUGCAGUUGGGGUUGUUACAUUGAUUGGAAUGGCCAAAUCUAACGUGCCAAAAUAA